GAUAGUUUUUCAGACCAUGCCCAAUAUUUUUCUUAAUUAUUGCUUUGAUGAUGAGAAUGCUGGGUUAUAAAUAGAAGUAGACCGAUUAAUCGGUUUUGCCGAUUAAUUGGCACCGAUAGUUCAUUGGUGGAACGACCGACUAUCGGCAAAAAUCCAUGCGGUAGUUUUUCAUAUGAAAAAAUUUUGUUGCCGCAUUAGCAGAGAAACAACAGCAGGAACCUAAGUUUGUCGUCAAGGCUGAUAUGACGUUAAUAUUAGUAGUACCUCAAACAAAAAUGCACGCAGAUAAAUCCAACCCAAAUGUUUAAUGUCAUGAUUAUCACCAUACAUCUGCAUUAGUUUAUAUCAAGCUGGUUACUUUUAUUUAUGAUUUAGCCAGCUAGGCUGCAUAUUUUAAGUUUCCAUUUUAAAAACUAUCUGUCGAUUAAUCGUUAUCGCAAUACGGACCAACCUAGUUAUCGGUAUCUGUAAAAUCCACUAUUGGUCGACCUCUAGUUAUAAAGGGAUGAACUCAACCCACAGGAUUAUAAUUUAACACAUGAUGGGUUUUUUUUAACCCAUUUUGGGGUCAAAAAAGCAUUUCAUAGGUUUAUUUAACCACGUGGCUGGUUUUGUCCCUUUUUAAACCGAGGAUUGGUUGACUUGACAAAACCCAGUGUCUAGCACAUUUAUUAGAAUCUUGCGUUAACAACGCAUAGGUUGUGGGUUCAAAUCCGAGAGAUUCAGAGAACAUGCAUAAUGGUAAAAUGUGUUGCUUGAAUGCUUUUUCUGCCUAAUUUUUAAAUAUGCCUUUCUCUGAAUAUCAAAGCUGCAUCCGUCUGUCUUAACAUAACCCUUAUCUUAGCCUCUACUUUGGGUGGAUCUGCAUUCUGAAGCUGCAUUUGAUUCAUGUGACUGCAUUGCGUAUGUGUUUGUCAAGCGGAAAUUUUUCAAUAUUCCUCAAAUAACCAGUUAUCAUACGCGAAGGGGCAGAAACAGGAACAGGAAAGGCUGUGUUAAUGUGGUGUUUUGUAGGCUGUUGUGCAGUGGGCAUUGUUGCAGGCUGUUCAUUGCACACAUUAAACCACAGCUUUGACAGUUUUUAAUGUGUCAACAGUUUAACACGAGCCUUCAAAGUUUGAGGAAGCAAGCUCUUUAAGAAAAAACCUAAAUGUGUUCACAUGACAAAAGACUGUCAGGUUUUUUAAAGCAAAUGUCGGUUCAGUGCAAACUGACUGCUGUGCCAUAAUUAAAAUGUCGCUUGGAUAGAUUUCAGUGCAUGGUUGCAUUCUUGGAGGUCUGUGUUUUAAGUGUGUCAUUAAAUAUUUGUUGACAUGAUAUAAAUAUCCUUCUAACAAUUUAAUGCAUGUACAGUCCAGCAUUCAGUCAUUUCUGCUCAUUUGCAUAUUUUUAGUGUAGUGAGAAAGAGAGACAGGAAAAGCAGAAACGGAACUGUUUUAUCUUCACGUUAAACUACAGCCUCAGUGGCUCUCACAUUGGCAUAUAUGCUGUCGGUCAGUGGAGAUAAACCUUAUAUUCAUCCCACAAUAAAGGAGAAAAAUGCUGAGACCACUUCUUCACUUGAUCUUUGCCGUGCUUGUCAUCGCUGGAGAUGAAAUCCAAGUCAAACUGGUCGGUAAUUUGGGCAACUGCUUUGGGACAGUCGAGGUCUAUAUUGAUAACACGUGGAGAAUGGUUUGUGGAGAUGAAUGGGACAUUAUUAAGGCUGCUGUGGUGUGCAGACAGCUUGACUGUGGAAGAGCCGUCAUUGCCCAUGCCCUGUUUGGGAAUGGGAACGGUUCGACUUCAUUGCAUCAUGUCAGUUGUGAGGGAACUGAAUCUUCUAUUAGUGAGUGUUCAAACGAGACGCUUUGUUAUGAAGAUGCUGGAGUUAUGUGUUCAGCUUCUCUAGUGUUCAUCAUUGGUGCUGUGAUUAUAGCUUUAGUGCCUUCAUUAUCUAUCACAAUAAUUAUUAUCCUGUUGGUGAGGAAAAAGCGAAGAAUUCAAAAAAAGAAGAUAAGCGCCAGAGAUGCAGUAAAUAUGCAUGAAAUGCCCAGUGUAGAAAGAUAUGAAGUGAGGGAUGACGAUGAUGAUGACGACUAUGAAAAAGUUGACGUCCCUGGAGACCAUGAAGAUCUGGACUCAGAACAAGACUAUGUGGAUCUAGAUAAAGAUGAGCCUAAACAAGCCAGCGUGAAGUCGGAGGAUUCAGAACAGGACUAUGUGAAUAUAGAAAAAGAAGACUCAGAACAGGACUAUGUCAAUCUGGAAUCAGAUCAUUCAGACCAAGAUUACGUAAAUGUGGAUAUAGCAAACAACACAAUUACAGUAGAAAAUCGAUGAAAGCUGUUUUUAUAUCAAAUACAAGAGAACUGUGGCCUGGCUAGGAACGCAACACUAAGGUCAUGAUUUCCUGGAAAUACAGAACCUCCCACACUGGGUUAAACUAAAACAGGGGUUCUCAGAUUGGGCUCUGGGGACCCCUGGUGGUCAGCAACAGCCAGGAAGUCAUUUGCUAUAAAUGAUAAAAUUGUUCCAUACUAUUAAAAGGUGCAUAAAAGCUUUAAAGAUAACUUAAAAAAAGUGUAAAUACUGAGUCUAAAUACAAUUUGAACAAAAUGACCCUUGGUUUGAAAGUGGUGGGCCAUUAAUUCAAGUUGAAUUGUGUUUUUGUCAAUCACUGUGAAACAGGUCUAAAGUGUUUUAUUGCAGAACAAAACGGUGGUAAUAUCUAGUUAUUUUUUUCACCUGUAAAACGUUUGGCCUGAAAGGUGCGAGAACUAAAAGCAUAAAUGUAACAUUUUUGGCCUUUAUAUGACAAAGAUUAUAGACUAAGAUUCUUAGGUGUUUUUUUAAGAUUAUAUUUUUAAGAUUUUUUUAGGUGUAAAAUAAAAAUUGUGUUGGUGUUUGCA